UCCUUCCCUCGUCCAUCCCCCGAAGCCAAUCCCUUUCUAGAUAGCCAGGAGCCGUAUAUGUCAUCCGGGGUAAUGUCCGGACAUCGCUAUGCGCGUGAUGCGUCCUAUUCCCCCACAACGGGCGGGUACAUGUCGCAAGAAUACGACGGCGCGACCAACUACAACUACUCUCAGCAGUCGCUCCCCCCAUCCUCACAGUUUAUUCCGACGCCCUCUGAAAUGGCCCACUACUCCCAACCCGGGAGCCCCACACACCCCCGGAGCCCCGACAGCGUCUAUUCCAGCACCCCUUACUCGCGACACGCCCACUACCAGUCUCGCGCCCCUGCCAACCCCAGUCGGUCCCGUUCCGGCUCCAACUCGCUCGCUCACUAUCGUCACGCUCACCACAGCCCCAACCUCUCCCCUCAUGUACCGCAUCGGACUCCCGCCGCUGCCGCGGGGAUCGUGGCUCCCGAACGUUUUGUCUGCCAGAUUUGCAAAAAGUCUUUCUCCCGGUCCCAUGACAGGAAGAGGCACCACGUUGGACAGCAUCUUGAUUCCCAUGCCCGGCCAGUCUGUCCCAACUGCCACAAGGAUUUCAGUCGGUAUGUGUGGUGAUUAGCCUCUCUAUAAAGUUUCCGCGUCUCAUCGACCCUUCACAGACCCGACUCUUUGAAAAGACACAGAGACAAUGGCUGCGACGAGUCUGUCACUUCAUGAUGAAUGAUUAUGAUCUAGGCUUCAUCUUGUUGUAUUAUUUUUUCUUGCAUCGUGUCGAUUUCUGCGAACUCGACUCUGUCUCUCGUCCUUACUUACUAUAUCGUACUUACUCCUUUUACUUACACGUAUCUUUUAGAAACUAUCGCGGAGUUGGAAAUUGUUGUCAUAUAUCGCAUUUGCUUUCCGUCAUUGAAAUCACAAAUACAUUAUACAAGGUUUCAGUGGAGUCAGAUCCGAAAACGUGUAGGACAUCCACAUUUGCAUUCCACACUGAUCCCCGUGUAUGCUCCCUUGGCGUAUGAUCAAUGAUGUAU